UGAAGUCACGUCCUUUUCCUGGGUGCCAUGGAGGAGUCGGAGGAACUUAUUUUGGGAUCUCUUAUGUUCAUGCCAGCCUUUGGAGAAAGGCCAAGAGACUGUCCGGUCUAUAGAUAGAGAGAGUGCUUCGCUUGCAGCGCCAGCUACGUUUCAGCGGCUCUCAUUUUGUCCCGGCGAUCUGUGCGGACAAUUCUGUCGCUUUGCAGCCCUCUCCCUCUCCCUCUCUCUCGGUUCUCUUUUGCUGUCAAGAUCUGCAACAAAGUAUAUAUUGGAGCACGUACCUUAUGAUCCCUUCUUUAGAAGGUCAUUCGUCUAUUCUCUCUCCCCUUCCACCUCCUCUCAGUUCUGGCGUAGCAGAUAUUUGGAGAUCCCACAGGGGAGGGAUGGGAACAAUCGGCCAUGACGAGGUUGCGCCAUGGGAGAAGGCAGAGGGGAGAAGGAAGGAGGAGAGGAUACUGGUCUCGGUGAGGGUAAGGCCCCUCAAUGCCAAGGAGAUUGGGAGGAAUGACCCCUCGGAUUGGGAGUGCAGGAACAACACCACCAUCGUCUUCAAGAACGCCCAUUCCGAGCGAACAAUGUAUCCAACAGCCUACACAUUUGACAAAGUAUUUGGGUGCGAGUGCGACACGAGACAUGUUUAUGAUGAAGGAGCUAAGGAAGUCGCUCUCUCUGUCGUCGAUGGAAUCAAUGCAAGUAUAUUUGCAUAUGGACAAACAAGCAGUGGAAAGACAUACACAAUGACCGGGAUAACCGAAUAUGCCAUGGAAGACAUAUAUGACUACAUAAAGAGGCACGAGGAAAGAGAUUUUGUUCUAAAAUUCUCGGCAAUGGAGAUAUACAACGAAUUGGUAAGAGAUCUGCUGAGCACUGACACCUCUCCUCUCAGGCUUCUCGAUGAUGCAGAGAGAGGGACUGUUGUGGAGAAACUUACAGAGGAAACUCUAAGGGACCAGUGGCAUCUCAAGGAACUCCUUUGUGUGUGUGAAGCACAACGACAGGUCGGAGAGACGUCCUUAAACGAAAUGAGCUCCCGAUCGCAUCAGAUACUGAGACUGACAAUCCAGAGUACCGCUCACGAAUUCACGGGAAGAGGAAGUUCAAGUACUCUUCUAGCUGCUGUGAAUUUUAUUGAUUUAGCAGGAAGUGAACGCGCAUCUCAAUCACCAUCUGCUGGUACUCGGCUCAAAGAGGGUUGCCAUAUCAAUCGGAGCUUGCUUACCCUGGGAACUGUCAUCCGCAAGCUAAGCAAAGGGAGAACUGGACACAUUCCAUAUCGAGAUUCCAAGUUGACACGCAUAUUACAACCCUUCUUGGGAGGUAAUGGAAGAACUGCCAUCAUCUGCACAAUGAGCCCUGCCCGAAGCCAUAUCGAGCAAUCCAGGAACACUCUCUCGUUUGCAAGCUGCGCUAAGCAAAUAGUUACCAAUGCUCACGUCAAUGUGUUGAUGUCUGAUAAGGCACUGAUAAAGCAUCUACAGAAAGAACUUGCAAGAUUGGAGAAUGAACUGAGAUACCGUGGAGCUGCCUCCAUCACGUAUCAUCCUGAUGCCCUGAGCGAAAAAGAUGCCCAGAUCAAAAAGAUGGAGCGAGAAAUCAAGGAGCUGAUGCAGCAGAGAGAUCUUGCUCAGUCCCGACUUGAGCAUUUGCUCCGACCUAUGGCAGAUUACCAAUUUUCUAGGCAAUGGGAAGAAUCCAGUCAAUCUGAGCUAUCCUAUUUACACAGUGCAUGUGAAGAUGCACUUUCGAUCUCCGAUGUAUCUGGUGUUACGUAUCAAAUUCCAGAUUUUGACUCUUCUAUGUUUGGUAGGCCGGAAGAAGGCAACAACUACAACAUCUGCCUAGAGCUUUCGGAUACCAUGAAUCCACCUAGCAAACACAUCCCUCAACAGGGAAGGGAUGAAAUCACUGGAGCUGCUUAUGCAGAUUCCGAAGACCAAUGCAAGGAGGUUCAGUGUAUCGAGAUACAUGCCUUGAGCACAAACAGAAGCGAUGAGUUCAAUCUCUUGUUGAAUGAUGAAGAUGAUAGUCUGCUACAUUUGACAGAUGAAAAGAUGCUUGGGGAUCCUACAGCAGAAUCUUUAGGAAAUGCACACUGGAUACCUGCAAAGGAGCAAUCGAUGAAGAUCGCGACAAGAACGACCGAGAAUUUUGUCAAGCCUCGUAAUGAUGGAUUAUCAUCUACAUUGCCUUCGAUGCAAACACUGAUGAAUUCCAGGGAGUUGGGACUAACUAGAAGUAAAAGCUGCAACGCAAGCAUGAUGAGCAGUUCAAUCGUGUCUUGGCUCCAAAAUGUUGAGCGAGAUAAAAGCACACAACCUGACAUCUUAAAAGAGUUUGCUGAAAAGCCUAGAGAGGAUCAAAGAAGACUAGAAAAUGAUACUCUCUCAAUCGGAGAAUCGGAGGACUUGGAAAAAUCCACUUCCUUUGAAGUGCUAAAAACUGAGGAUAUCAAAGCUGUUCAUGAAGAGGUUGAUACCGGUGCUCAUGAUUCUUAUUCAGGAAAGAUUGAGACAGAGGAAACUACUGAUCAGCUUACCGAGGAUAUGAUUCCGGAGACUCAAGCAACUCGAUCACAAACCAUUGAAGCUGUGAAGACUGUUGAGGAUGCAGCCAUGGACGCGCAGGAGUUCCAGAGAGAGCAACAGGAGAUAAUCCAGCUUUGGCAUGCGUGCGAAGUCCCCUUGGUCCACAGAUCUUGCUUUUUCCUACUCUUCAAAGGCGACCCAGCCGACUCCUUCUACAUGGAAGUCGAACGCAGAAGGCUUUCCUUUCUAAGGAACAGCUUCGCUCUUGGAAACGUUGGCGGCGUAGCGGCAGAAGAUGGUCACAUAUUUAGUCUUGCGUCAAGCUCGAGAUAUAUCCGCCGGGAGAGGGAGAUGCUGUGUCGGGAGAUGCAUAAGAAACUGUCGUCGGCUGAGAGAGAGGCGCUCUACGCCAAGUGGGGAAUUGCGUUGAACUCCAGGCAGAGGAGUCUUCAGCUGGCUCAACUCCUCUGGACUCAGACCGACCUGCAACAUGUGAGAGAGAGCGCAUCGCUUGUGGCCGAGCUGAUCGGAUUUGAGGAGCACGGGCAGGCCAUGAAGGAGAUGUUUGGGCUCAGCUUCACACCACAGAAAACUCACAAGAGAUCCUCCAGCUGGUGGCACGGCAAGUUCCCCCUCCUGUGAACGAAAUGGGAGCUGUCCACCAGGGCUUAAAACAUCAACUGAUGACAGUCUUUUCUUGCCCUUUUUGUGACUCUUUCAGCAAGUAAUUGAUCAAACGAGAGCAAACACCGUCUUCCCCAACUCCUCCUCUCCUCUUUCUCGAUCCCCUCUGCAUCUAUUCCUUGUACAAUUCAUGCCCAUAUCCUACACAUCCAUAUCU